AUGGAUGUAUUUGGGAGAGAUUCCCAACUCUCGGCCAAUAUAACAGAAGCAAAAAUACCAGAUAGUCAAGACAGUAAUGAUGGUAUUUUUGUUCACAGUCAGAACUCAAGGGAAAACAAUAUCUUUUAUAGAGCUACUCUAACCCAAAUUGCUAAACCGUAUGUUAUAUUUAAAGUUAUGAAAAAUAAUAAUAAUAAUACUUUCAGAAGCAUUCUACAAAAAAAGGUCCGAAGAGUCGAAAAAGUUAAUAAUAAUAAUGAAGAAGAAGAAUAUUUUAAUGAUGUUGGUGGCGAUCUGUCUUUCUACAAUUCUUUUUCAUUACAAUCUCAAGCGAAACACAUUGGAUUGAAAAAACGAAAUCCUAAAAUGCCGUAAGUUUUCAUCAAAUUUUUCAACUUUUAAAUUUCAAAUUUUAGACAUGUUGAUGUUUUGGAACUUGCAACAAAUGAACUCAAUCGAAGCAUCGACACUCUCACACCAAUCGUGAAUUCCAGUUUUUUAGAAAAUUCCUUCAAUUCAACAAUUUCUGAACUGCAAAUUGACUCUCAAGAAAGUGUUCAAAUUUUGAAAAUAUUGAAAAAGGAUAAACCGGAAGAAAUGAAAUUGGAACGUGUAGAAGAAGAUGAAGAAGAGCAAAAGAGUAUUGAUAUAUUUUCAACAGAUGGUUUGGAUAACGAAAUUAUGGAUAAUGAAAUAGAUGAAGGAUUUGAUCAAAUUGAUGGAUUUCAAGAAGAACCACAAGAAGAAGUUAGAUUGUUUGAUGAUUUUGUUGAAGAACAAAAAGUUGCUACAAGUAGUGCAGCAAGUGAACCAGUUUUGGAUAGUGUUAAAAUUCGAAUUGAUGUAGCUGAAAUCAUAAAAGGUUCAGAUUUUGCACAUGAAUCAAUCGAUAAAAAUCUUUUGUGGGCAAAAGAAGCAUGCCCAAUUCCCAUUGUUAUUGAUGUUGAAAAAUGGAGCAUGAAUGGAGGGCGUAAAAUCAAACUCAAAUUUGUCAGAUUUUUACCAGGAGAUGGAUUGGAUGUAGCAUUGAAAGACAGUAAAUUUGCAGUAGAAAAAUGUUUUGGUUGUUUUGAUGCUGAAAGUGAGUAUUUAUGAAUUAAUACUGAAAAGGUGAUAUUAUGUAUUUAUUUAUUUUUAAACAAUUUAGAGAGAAAUCCAAAAGCAGCAUUUUUCUACAUCUCUUCAACGAAUCCAAAGUAUUAUUGGCAACCACCGACUGAAGAAGGUUUUUCUUCAAUUGUUUGAGCUUUUAUCACAAUUCCAAAAAUUUCAGAAAAGUAUUUUUGCCUUGAUGUCGAUGAUCAAAAACAUCGAGUUUGUUUCAAUUUAACUUUUGCAUGUAGAGAAAAUUGUAUGAAGCAACCAGAUAAAAGAGGAAAAACAAUGGUUUUGGCUGCAGUUGUAGAAGAUGAAUUUGGGUUUGUUUUUUUCAGGUUGCAAAAUAUGCUAAGAUUAUUCUACUUUCAAUAUUCUUUUAUUUUUUAUAGAAUUAUUGUAUAUUUUCUCAUUAACUUGGAACUUUAAUGGUUGCAAAGUAUUCUUGCUCUUUCCAUCUUUUUUUUCCAUUUUCAAAAAUUUACCCCUCAUGAGAUAAUCAUUCAUCACAAUUUCUAUAUUCUUUUUUGCUUCGUGUGCAUGCGAAUAUAAUGGAUCAAUUCAUUUGACUUUUUUAUUGCAAUUUAUGAAUUGAAAUACAAAAAAUGUUACAAAAUUCAUUUUUUCUUCAAAUGAAUUGGUCCAUAAGAUUUUUGUCUGAUUUAUUAAUUUUCUCAUUUCGGUUGCCCUUUUUAUUUUUUCUUCUCGGAUUAUAAUUUUAUUUUUGCAGAAACGAAAUUUGCCGUGACAUUUUCCACUCUGUUCGUGUAACUGCUUAUCCGAGACGAGAUUUCAGAAACUAUUUGGACAAAAAAAAGAAACUCAAAGCAGAACAAGGUUAGUUUUUGAACAUUUUUAUAUUCAAAUAAUUCAAAAGUCAAAAUUGAAGCUCUGAAAACUUUUAUUUCAAGAAAAAAAAACAAUCUCUAACAAUAAGCAAACAAUUUUGUAACAAGAAAUUAUUUGUUUUUCCCUUGCGAUAAUUUCACAGGAAUAGAGAAUUCACCAACUAAUAUAUAAUUUUCAGCUGAAUUGCUCGAGCAAAAGAACAAUGUAACUGAUCAGGUUUGUUUUUCAUUUCCAUUCUCCAACACAUUUCCUUGAUUGUUUUUUUUCAGCCAACAGCCACAGUAAAUAAGCAACAAAGAAAGAGAACAACACGUUAUUUUCAAUUUGGAAGCGGAGAUCCAGUUCCAUUUGAUUUUGAACCAACGGAUAAUCAACAAUCAACACAACUUUAUACUGAGAGUUAGUUUUUAUUUUUUUUUUCUUACAAGAAACAUUAUGUUUUAGUGCCAAAAUUGAAACGUAAUGAUGAAAUGGAAGUGGAUGAAAAUAUGGAAAAUGCAAAAAAGUCAAGAAUUGAGAUGGUUAAUACAUAUCAUAUCAAUAUGACCUUCGAAAAAGGAGAUUAUGAAGCUGUUUUGGAAUGUUUGGCUAAUCGCGCAAAACAAGAACGAUAUCAAGCAACAAUGACCAAAUCAACAAGAGCUUCUCCACUUUCAUAUUUGUCAAAAGUGGAUUAUUAUACAAAAAUCGAAGAUUGGUUGAAAACGAUGGCAUUGGGACAUCAUUUGUCAAAUUUCAGACAACACGCGAUUCUUGCAAUGGGUGAUCUGAUUUAUGCGUAUAAGAAGGACCCUUAUGUGAGUUUCAUGCAGUUGGUUCUCUAAAUAAAGAAUUUUUUCAGUUCUUCGAAAAGCUUCAAAUUCCCAACGAGGAAAAGUUGACAAUGUUCCGAGUUUUCCACAACUUCUACCAUGUUUAUCUCCACGAAAAUAUCAAAACCGGUACUCAUUAA